GAAAUUUGGCCCACAUCGACCAAGCCAAUUCCAUCCAGCGCCCUUCUCACACUCACUCCCUCUCUCAGUCUAUGGUCUCUCUCACUCGACAUCGCAGACUCUCUGAACCUCUCGGCCUCUCUCAUCUCAUCUCAUAGAAUAAAAUUGGUAUUUAACCCAAUCCAAUAUGGCACUCGCUGUGUCCGUAUGGUUCCCAGUGACACCUUCACCAUCAACAACAGCAGCCAAUGCUCAUCCAACCUCAGCCAUUCGAUCGAAACCGGCGUCUUUCAUCAACAAUUCUAUGAUUAAACAGAGAUCCAUUUGCAUCAAUGGUACCGAUAAACGAAGCCGGUUUUUUCUCGCCACCAAAGCCAUCGAAGAGACCCAAGGGAGCUCAGAGUCCGAGAAUGCGGGAGGCCAAGGCGAAGAGCCAAAGCCAGAGUUGACUGAAUUGGGAUCGGAGAUAAAGAAGGCUAUGGAGGAGAGGAAGGCGGCGGAGAAAGAGGAGGGUCUGCUAGACGGAGUGGCGGAGGAGAUUAAGAAAAUAGAGUGGCCGGCGUUUGGUAAGGUGUUAGGGACGACUGGGGUUGUGCUGGGUGUGAUAGCUGGGUCUAGUGUUGUUUUGCUCACUCUCAAUUUCGUUUUGGCUGAGCUCUCCGACCAACUCUUCGCCGGUAAAGGUGUUCAGGAUUUCUUCAGCUGAGAUAGAUGAUGAUGAUGAUAAGAAGAAGAAGAUAAUGUUCCCACACCAUAAAAUGUAAAAAAAGUCCAUUGUAAUUUUGAGGUAAAUUUAGUUUUUUUGAUUUGUUAAUUGGAAAAAAAAAAUUACACCAUCUUCAUUUCUUCAUAGUACCAAAGAGUUGCAUUCUAUUUCA